AUGGUUAAUGUAGAUGUGGUGGUGGACGCGGUCACCAAGGUGCGGAUUAGGGUCUCGAAUGAGGAUGGUGGCUGGCAGCGGCUGCAGAGGAAGAAGAAGAAUGAGGGCUAUGAAAGUUUGAAAUUUGGAGAAGAAGGUAAAGUGCAGGGUCUAGCAGAGGAUCUGGUUGUAGUAGGAAUUAAUUUGGAUGAAGUGGCUUUAGAUUUGGGUGCUGAGUUGCGUGUUGGAUUGGGCUUGGGUGCUGAUUUGGGUGUUAGAUUGCGUUUGGAUCUGGACUUGGGUGUGGACUUAGUUGUAUUCGAUGUGGACUUGGGGUUAGGUACUGGUUUAGAUGUGGACUUAGGAUUAGGUGCUGGUUUGGGUGUGGGCUUAGGUGUCUCCUUAAGUGCUGGUUUGGGCUUAGGUGUGUGCUUAGGUAUCUCCUUAGGUACUGCCCUGGGCUUAUGUGUGGGUUUAAGUGUUGAUUUUGGUUACGGUAUCUCCUUCAACGCGGGGUGGAAGCAGAUUCAAGUGGGGGAUUGGAUGCUAUGUUGGAAGGGCCUUCAAUUGUGCUGUUGA